GGAGGGGGUCAGGCAAAUUGACCUGAGAAGAAUGCCCAAGCCCGUAAAUUAAAAUAAAACGCGCAUCUAAGUGAGAGAGCCAUAAGGAGGCAAUACAAGGCUUUCAGUAUAACAAGUUGGCUUGGCCGGGUCACCCACCUACUGCUGUCAGCGACCAGGGGGCGAACAAAUAUAACAGUAAACCCUUCGCUUGCUGUGCUGGUCCCACGGCGCUGGUGAAAAACGAUUCCCAAUGACUGGGCCUCAGGAGAAGGAAUAUUUUGUGGAGCAGAAUGUCUUCUAAGCAAGCCACCUCUCCAUACGCCUCUGCUACCGAUGGGGAGGAUUCGGGGGUCCAGGAGCGAUUGGUGCGGGAGAGAGAUCGGGAAGAGCUGAGCGAGCAUCACCCAGCCUCACACCUGUCCCUGCACACCUUAAUACUCAACAAACCUCACUCCGAGGAGCUGCUCCCCCCAGGUAGCACCCUCCCACCCGACGCUGACUGGGAAAACAUGGCUGGUGCCCAGCACAGAGCAGACACAGACGGCAGUAAAGUCUGUUCCCUAUACUCCUUCCGCAAUGCAACUACCUCACCACACAAGCCAGACGAUGGGGCUCGUGAACGCAGCGACCUAAUGACCGGGGGGGCUUUUGGGACCCCAGAGCGGCGCAAAGGAAGCCUCGCCGACGUGGUGGACACACUGAAACAGAAGAAACUCGAAGAAAUGACCAAGACCGAGCAAGACGAAUCUUCAUGUGUAGAGAAGUUUCUCUCAAAAGAUUGGAAGGAGAAGAUGGCUGGACUGAACACAGGCGAAAUACUGGGUGAAAUUAAAGGUACGCCGGAAAGCCUGGCUGAGAAGGAGCGCCAGCUCUCCGCCAUGAUCAACCAGCUCAUCAGUUUACGGGAGCAGCUCCUUGCGGCACACGACGAGCAGAAGAAGCUGGCGGCCUCGCAGAUGGAGAAGCAGCGGCAGCAGAUGGAGCUCGCCCGACAACAGCAGGAACAGAUCGCAAGACAACAGCAGCAGUUAUUGCAGCAACAGCACAAAAUCAAUCUUCUCCAGCAACAGAUUCAGCAGGUCCAGGGUCACAUGCCUCCGCUCAUGAUCCCAAUUUUUCCACACGACCAGCGGACGUUGGCAGCGGCUGCCGCAGCCCAGCAGGGCUUCUUGUUCCCCCAAGGAUUAACAUACAAACCAGGUGACAGCUACCCCGUGCAGCUCAUUCCAUCGACAAUGGCAGCUGCUGCAGCGUCUGGCCUCAGCCCGCUACAACUCCAGCAGCUAUAUGCCACUCAGCUGGCCAGCAUGCAGUCAUCGCCCAGCGGAAAGAUCCUGUCCACCCAACAGCCGCCGAAUCCAGCCGGUGGGCUCUCUCCUACGACACUGAAAAACGAAAAGCGCGGGAACAGUCCCGUGACUCAUGUCAAGGACGAAACUGCCCAGCCGCUCAACCUUUCAGCCAGGCCCAAGACUUCAGAAUGUGUCCGAUCGCCCACAUCGCCGACACAGAACCUUUUCCACACAAAUAAGUGCAGCCCGAUCAACCUACUCAACAAAGGCAGCAUCCCCAGCCCGUUGGGUGGGGCCCCAGGAAGAGGAUCAUCAUUAGACAUCCUCUCUACCCUGAAUUCCACCGCAUUCCUCGGUGACCAGGAUGCAGUGAUGAAGGCCAUCCAGGAGGCGAGGAAGAUGAGGGAGCAGCUUCAGCGGGAGCAGCAGCUGCAACAGGCAGGUCUCGACGGUAAAAUGUCAUCCGUGAACAACCUGGGAAUGAACUGCACGGGCAGCAAGGAGAGGAUGUCUUUCGAGAACCUUACGCACCAGCUGACGGGGAAAACGGGGGAAGACGGGAAGAUGGGUCCAGGGGUCAUUGACCUCACCAGGCCAGAGGAUGCAGAAGGAAGCACUGCGGUGACAGAGGCACGCGUUUACAGGGAAACCAGGGGGCGCAACAACAAUGAGCCACAUAUCAAAAGACCAAUGAAUGCUUUCAUGGUGUGGGCGAAGGACGAACGCAGGAAGAUACUGCAAGCAUUCCCAGACAUGCAUAACUCCAACAUCAGCAAAAUCUUGGGAUCUCGUUGGAAAUCCAUGUCCAAUCAGGAGAAGCAGCCAUAUUACGAGGAGCAGGCCAGGCUCAGCAAGAUGCACCUGGAGAAAUACCCCAACUACAAGUACAAGCCCAGACCGAAGCGCACCUGCAUUGUGGACGGCAAGAAGCUGCGCAUUGGCGAGUACAAGCAGCUGAUGCGGAAUCGGAGGCAGGAGAUGAGGCAGUUCUUCACUGUGGGGCAACAGCCUCAGCUUCCAAUCACCACGACAGCGGGUGUAGUGUAUCCCGGUGCUAUCAGCAUGGCCACCACUGCAGCAUCACCCCAGCUGACCUCCGAGUGUUCCAGCGAGUCGGGAAGCCCGGAGCCGAGUAUUCCGGUCAUCCAGAGCACUUACAGCAUGAAGGCGGAGAGCAGCAGUCUGGCAGUCAGCGAGAUGAUGAAUGGGGAGGACGAAGUGGAUAUGUACGAGGACUUUGAGGACGAUCAGAAAUCAGACUAUAGCAGUGACAAUGAGAACCAGGAGACCAUCAGUGCAAACUGAGGAGCCCUCCCCCCCACCUCC